AUGGUGUGCAGUGUGUGUGAGAGUGUGCAGUGUGUGUGAGAUGGGGAAGGAGAGGCGCAGGCUGGUGUGUGUGUGCGGUGGGGUGUGUGUGGUGGUGCUGGUGUGUGUGUGUGUGGUGCUGCUGACCUGCUGGAAAUGUUCCGACCGGUUUACCCACGCCGCCGUCUCCGCCGACUCAGACAGGUGCUCCAACAUUGGCAGGGAUGUUCUGCUGGACGGAGGUUCUGCGGUGGACGCUGCGAUCGCGGCGCUUAUCUGCACGGCGCUGGUGAACCCCCAGAGCAUGGGGCUGGGGGGCGGAGCUAUCUUCACCAUUAUGGACAAGAGUGGGAAAGUGAAAGUGAUCAGCUCCAGAGAGACGGUUCCCAAAAGCUUCAAAUCGGACCUGCUGCAGCGCUGCCCCUCCGAGACCAAGCUCAUCAUAGGUCCAGAUUGGAUCGGUGUUCCGGGGGAGUUACGAGGUUAUGCUCGGGCUCAUGAGCUGUACGGGAAGCUGCCGUGGGCCCGGCUGCUGGAACCCAGUAUUAAACUGGCCAGAGAGGGAUUCCCACUGCCGGAGUACCUCGGCCGCUUCCUGCAGCACCCAAUGAUCAAUCCAGUGGUGUUAAAGAGCUCACUAUGUGAACUCUUCUGCCACCCUGAUAAGACCUCAGUCCUCAAAACUGGAGACACACUGCGCUACCCCAUACUAGCCAACACCCUGGAGACCCUCGCCAAGGACGGGCCCGGUGCCUUUUACACAGGCCAGAUCGCCCAGGACCUGGUCCAUGAUGUCCAAGCAACAGGUGGAUCUCUAACGUUAGAGGAUUUGAGUUCGUUCGAGGUUCGGGUGGACGAUGCGCAGCGUGUCUCGCUCGGAGAAUACCAGAUGUACAUCCCUCCUCUACCAGCAGGAGGCGCUUUAAUCAGCUUUAUCCUCAACAUCAUGCACGGCUUUGGUCUGUCGCCAGCGUCUCUGCAGGGUGACCAGGCAGCGCUGACCCUCCACCGCUACAUAGAGGCGGCCAAGUUCGCCAACGGACAAAAGAGGAACAUAAAGGACCCGAAGUUCCACCGCCUGAACGUGGAGCACCUGACGGACCCAAGUUUUGCUGAUGAAGUCAGAGCGAAGAUCAGCGAUAGCUCCACCCACCCUGCCUCCUUCUACAACAUCACGCCCUCCACCGACCGCUUCGGGACCACCCACGUCUCCGUCCUGGCAGCCGACGGUUCAGCCGUGUCCGUCACCAGCACCAUCAACCACAUGUUUGGGUCGGCAGUGUACUCGAGUAAGACAGGCAUCAUCCUGAAUAAUGAGCUGGCAGAUUUCUGUAACAGAGUGAAUUCAGUGUCUGCAGGGGAACAGCCUCCGUCCUCCAUGGCUCCGACCAUCCUGCAGUCUAAAGACAGAGAGCGGGUUCUGGUGAUCGGAGGAUCCGGGGGGAGCAUGAUCACCACCGCCAUGGCCAUGUCUAUAAUGAAUCGGCUGUGGUUGGGCAUGAGUCUGGAGGAGGCCAUCAGUGCUAAGGUGGUGUUUGUAGAUUCACAGAACAAGGUCAACUUUGAGCCUUCCUUCGAUCAGUCGCUCGUGAAGAAGCUAGAGUCCCUGGGUCACACCAUCGGGCAGCGGGGAUACUUCCUGAACGUGGUGAACGCCGUGGAGAAGGAGGGCGGCUGCAUCAGCGCCGUAUCCGACAAACGCAAGAACGGUGUGGCAGCGGGGUACUGACCCGAACCCGCACCUGACCAGUGAACUACCAUCCAACACACACUGACCCUCAUCCAACCCUCACCCGCCAAGAAACAGCCAGAACUUCUACUGCUGCACUGAGCAAGUCACAAGAGGCGGUUCCUUAGCACAGACUGUCCAACACUGGACCAUCACUGUGAUUGGACUGUGUAUUCUUUGGAAAACCACAUUAGAUUAGAUCAUCAAAUCGAUACCCAACAAAUAAUACCCCUCUAACCAAUGAUUAGAGUGAAUUACAGAUAGAACACUACCCUCCAAAAGUUUGGGGCCAAAAAUAAAAUAACAUACCAAGAAGUUGAUAGCUCUAAUGUAGCGAAUGUGUAUCUGUGUGAAUGUAAUGAUGAUAUAUUAGAGUGAAAGAAUAAUACGUUUAUUGGGUUAAACUCUUAUGUAACUGAAAGGAGGUUCUAGUUUCCUGUGUGAUCCUCUAUCCUGGAUAUAAGAUGAGAUUGAGACGGUUGGGUAUGGUGGAGGUGUACAGGUUCCUUAAGGAUCCUGCAGCACAUUUACUUACAGAUGUUGCUACAGUUGGACCUGUAGAUCCUGUUCUACACUCAUAGGUUGAAGCUGAAGCUGCAGCGUCCCAGCUGCUCCAUAAAUGCUGGAUUGCUGAUAAAUCUGGAAACCGAGCAAAACAAGGAAGUGGAGAUGUUCCGGGGAAACCCUUGCAGUGUGUGGGUGAGCAUUAUCCUGCUGAAAAAUGUUAUCAGCAGGCAUCAGCACAUGUGUCUGCAGGAUGUUCUGCACAUAUCACUGAGCUUUUAAUGUUCCUCAUAUCAGUACUAGGGGUGACAGACUGUCGUAUGAGAUGCUCCUCAGAUCAUCAAUCACAGCAGCAGUUUGUUUUAGCAGUGUUUCGCUCUACAGCAAAGGCAGAAUUGAACCGUCCCCAUGAGAGCAUUCUUCUUUGUCCCCAAACUUAAGAGAGGUGGUGUUCUUCACAGGACCUGAGAAACUGCUGAGAACCGAGUCAAUCCCCACACACAGAUAACGUCUUUGUUCUUAAAGACUCCUGGCUUAGUAAAUACUGACCUUAACAAACGUAAUGCUCAUAACGCACAAAUCACAGGUGGCGCUGUUUCCGAUGCAGCUCCGCAAUGAGACAUAUGAAGAACAACAAAAUAACCAUCAUCUAACGUGGAACUCAGUUUCUAAUCUUAACUGCUGUGUAAAUGUAACUGUUGCCCGACCCUUAGCGCCCUCAUGUGGUCAGUGGAGGAAAAUAUGAAAGAAUGUGAAUUAAAAUGUGAAAUUAAUCAAAGCUUGUUUAAUGUAACCUUUUAUACUUUUGAGAACUUAGCGUAUUUUUUUACACUUGUUUUGUGAUUUGUUUUUUACAAUCAUUAUGAAAUGUUUCAUACUUUUGAUUUUUUAGCAUAUUGUACUGUAUUGAUUU